AUGGCAAUCACGCAGUUAAUCGAGCCGCAGCCGCUGCAGACUAGUAGGGUUGCGCUAAACGACGUUAAGAAGAGCCUCCUAGUGGCGCUCGGGAAGCUCAACGAUCGCGACACGCAGCAGAACGCGGUCGGGGAUCUGCAGAAUAUCGUGGAGUGCCUGCCGCCUGAAGGCAUUCCCGUCUUCCUCUCCUGCCUCUACGAGACUGACAGCACCCAUCGCACGUUCGUCCGGAAAGAAUGUCUCAGGCAAUUCGCCAUCCUUGCGAUGACCUUCGGCCCGCUCCUGUCGCCGCACCUUCCCAAGAUCGUCGCAGCCGUCGUCCGUCGCCUGCGCGACCCCGAGUCCACCUUAAUUGAAUCCUGCGCAGAAGCCAUGGCGACACUAGUUCAGCACGUUCCCCCACCUCCCCACGAUACCGUCCCCGGAGCUAUUCCCGUCGGCGGCUUCGGAGCCAUGGGCGUUUACGUUCGGCCGCUCCUCGACACGCUCGGCGAGCAGAGCCGAAACUCGCAGGCAGGUGCGGCGAUCUGUCUCGACCGCGUCUUCCGGGCUGCCCGGGAGAAAAUGGAGCCGAGCGCGGCGCGCGUGCUGAUGCGAGCGAACGGCAUGCUCUCGCGGCAAGGGUUUCAGGCGAAGGCGCAGCUUCUGGGCGCCGUUGCGAGCCUUGCCGAGUUCACGGGCUCGCAUGCCCGCAUAGGAAUAGACUAUGCCUCGCUCUCAGCAGAGUGCUUUUGGGUUUUAUUCACCCCCCCUUCCUUUCCGCGCCGUCGCUCCGCGCAGGUGUGCGGGGAAUCCAUGGGCGCGCAAGUGCCCGUGCUGGUAUCCGCCGCGACCGCCGCCGUGGCGUCCGCGGACUGGGCCACGCGCAAGGCGGCGGUGGACCUGCUGGGGCAGCUCGCCAUCAACCUGCCGGCGGAGUUUCUGGGGGAGAGCCGCGCGGCCGUCAUGAAGGCGCUGGACCAGUGCAAAGGCGAUAAGGUAGGGCGGCGGGAUACAGGGGGAAGCGAGGUAAAAAGGGGCGAGAUCAAGGGAGUGAAGAAUGUGCGCGAUUCCCUGGCGCAGGCGAAGCAGGCGUGGGCGUGUGUGGAGUGGGAGGACCCGCCCGCAGCUGGGCAGCACCAAGUGCUGUCCGUGCCGUCCCUCUCGUCGGAAUCGGCGGCGACUGCAGUGCAAACUCCGUCGCUGUCCUCUGCUGCUGUUGUUGGCAGCGCAUCAGGAAGGCGCGCCAGUUUCUCACCUGGUGCAGCAGACGACAAAAGCAUUGGCAGCCGCUCAUUCAAGCUUCAAGGCCGCUCGUCCUCGCUUGUAACAGACCCGUUUGAAGACGCUCGAGACGCAGCAGAGACAGAAGAAGCAGCAGCUGCAGCAUCAGCAGCAACAGCAGCAUCAGUAUCAGCAGCUACAGCAGCAGCAGCUGCUGCUGCCAGUGUGACCCCUCCUGUGAAGCGGGGAGGAGUGAGCGGCAUGCUGGCACGCACCUUCAGUGGGCUGGGCCGAGCUCGAGCUAAGGAAGCAACAGCAAGUGCUGCUGCUGUAGGAGUGGCAGGAGCAGGAGGAGGAGCAGGAGGGGAGGGAGGAGAAGAGGGCGGAAGGAAAAUCGGACUGAGCAAAGGGGGGAUUGGGUCCCACGCAUGGGCUCCGGAAUUAUCUCAGUCGAAACCCGGAGAAGCUUCCAAAGGAGAAGCUACUAACGCGGAUAAUGGAGCUGGAGAGAAGGCUGCUCGGCCUAAGUUUGAGCGGCAGCCGCUUCGAGGAAACCCUCUGUUUUUCAAUAAGGCGGGCGCAGGGGGGAAGGCUGGGGGAGGUGACGACUGGUCCGUGGAAGUGAUGGUUCCUAAAUCGAAGGCCGGGGCAGUUGGGGAGAAGGGUGACAGUAACGGGGGGUCGGGUGAGGGCAGUGGAGGGAAGAAGGGUGAUGGGAGGGAAGAGGGCAGGCAGGGUGCAGCGGCGGGGGCGGGGGCAAAAGACAGUCGUGCGCAAGCGGAUGGUGUGAAGGCGCGGAGGAAUUCGACUUCGGGGAUUGCUGCUAUCAAGGCUGCGGCCGCUGCUGGUGGGAGAGGCAAGGAGGGCGCAGGGGGAGGGAAGGGAGCAGGAGCAGGUAGCGAUUGGAAUGUGGAGAUUCUAGUGCCUAAGACACGUGGCGGAUGGGGCAAGGGCGGUGGCGAGUCAGAGGAGAAGCGGGAGGUGAAUGGAGAAGGAGUGAAGGAGAUGAACGGAAGGGGCGGUUCGGACAAGGCUGACUUGCAGCAGGAGGAGGUGGCGCCGAGUGCGAUCCAACAGCAGCAGCAGCAGCAGCAGCAGCAGCAGCAACAGCAGCAGCAGCAGCAGGAGCAGCUCCACCAUCAGCAGCAGCAAUACCACCAGCAGCAGCAGCAGCACCAGCAGCAGCAGCAACAUCAGCAGUAUCAGCAGCAGCAGCAGCAGCAGCAGCAGCAGCAGCAGCAGCAGCAGCAGCAGCAGCAGCAGCAGCAGCAGCAGGAGAAUCAGCAGGUGCAGGAGCGAGUGGAGGAGAGGAACGAGGACGAGAAGCAGGAAUUUCUGCACCACAUGCUUCGAGAGGUAGAGGGAGAGAAGGACACCGGAGGGAAUACUGAACCCAGUGGUGCUUAUAACAGGGGGCAGGAGGAGGGAGUGGGGGGUGUUAUCAAUGCUGCGGGAGGGCCUGCAGCGAGGUAUGCUACUGGGUUGGAGAGUGAGGAGGAAAGGGAGGAGGAGGAAGAGCGGGAGGUGAAGAGAGAGUGUGAGGAGGAAAAGGCACCAAAAGUGGAGAAGCGCGGCGAGGAGUCUCAAGGCGCAGAGAAUGACGCUUAUGGUUCUAGCGAGUCUGACAAUGACGAGGAUGGGAAUCAGCGGGAAGGUAGGGCAGGCGUAUGGGAGGAGAGGAAGGGGCGGAAGGCAACGGGGGGUGGUGAUGCCUUGGGAAGGCAGAAGUGGAGCAAGGGCAGGAACAGAUGGAAGGACGGUCAGGGGCAGGGGCAGGGGGUGGGGGAGACAGAGGAGGAGAAGAAUAGGAAGGGGGAGGAGGAGGCGGGUAGAAGGGGCAGGGGCGUGGGGAAUACGGGGAGGGGAGAAGGGGGAGGGGCGCUGCGCAAAUCGUAUGACUGGGGGGGCGCGGGGAAGGCUGGGAGGGGAGGCAAGGGUGGGGGAAGAAAGGAGGGAGUGAGAGAGGCGGAAGAGAGGGGGAAGAGAGUGGAUGGGGUUGGGAGAAGGGAGAGGGGAACGUGGGGAGAAGGAGGCGGUGGUAUGAGGAGGAGUAAUUCUUGGAGCAGUAGUCUCUCUCUUGAUACCACCGGUGGUGGGAAAGCCAGGGUCGUGCAGGGUAAAGGAGGGUGGUGGGAUGGGGAGGAAGAGGAGGGUGAGAGGGUGGAGAGAGGGCGAAUGAGGAGAAAGGAGGGUAGGGAGGAUGGGAGGGGAAGGAGGAGGUAUGGGUCACUGAGCAGUCAUUUGUCUUCAAGCGAGGAAGAGGAGGAGGAUUAUGGGGAGUCUUUUCCUCGUGCUCGUAUGAGGCGUGGGUGGGCUAAUAACGAGGAUGCUAUGGAUUCGAGUCCGAAAGGAGGCCGCAGAGACGGAAGGUCCGGUGUUGGGAAGGGUGUGAAGCAGCAGCAGAGGCGGGGCGACACGUGGCAGAAGCAGGAGGUGACACGUCAGGAGGAGAAGCUCGGGCGGAGGAGGCCGCAGCAGAGUCAGUACCAGGGGCAGCAGCACCAGUCGAGGCAGAGCGGGUUGAAGAAGGCGGAUGGAGAGCAAAUGCAGAUUAGACGCUCCUAUGACUUGAUGGUAGCCUCUCUCCCUUGGACCUCCAAUGCUGCUGCCUCCCCCUCACCCCACGCUGUCCCCACCUCUCCUCACCCCAUCUCCACCUCCGCCCUCCCUACCAUGCCCUCCCCUUACCUCCCUGCUCGCAUUCGCACCACUGCUGGUGGUGACAGCAGCAGGGGGCUCACCCCUGGACGAAGGCUGUCGUUGCAGGGAGGAGGGAUGGGUGGGAUAGGGAGCAACGCAGGGGGGAUAGGCAGUGGGUCUGGUGCUGGUGGCUUCGUGCAGGCACAGCCAUUCAUGGGUGGGUUUGGUGGUAUUGGAGCAGGGAAUGAAGCAGCUUAUACGGAGGAUGAUUAUGCUGCGGCUGCUGCAGCUGUGGCCGAAGCAGCGGCGGCGGCAGCAGCAGCUGAGGCGGCACGUGUGGCUUCAUUCCAAAGUCAGCAGCAGCAACAGCAGCAGCAGCAGCAGCUGGUAACUCUAAGGAGAACCUCUUCCUUGAGCCGCGGACAGAACGCCACUCCUCCCACUGGCCCUCCCCGUACGCCUCCCCACUCCUCUACCGUCUCGUCCCCUCGCCUGCCUCUCAACACAAGCAUGAAUGUAGAACACCAGCAGCAACAGCAGCCGGAGCAGCAGCAGCAGCAGCCGGAGCAGCAGCAGUUGUUGCUGCAGUGGCGAGGCAAUUCUAGUCAGCAACAGGAUCAGAGCGAGCAAAUGAACCUUCACCAGGCUCAGCCUGAGCAGCAGCAGCAACUGAGAGCAGAGACGUUGCCAACAGCAGAGGGAGGAGGAGGAGGGAGAGGAGGCGGGGGAGGUGAAAGUGCAGAAGCAGCAGCAGAUAAGCCUCUAGGGCCGCUGAAGCGCCAGGUGGCACCAGCCAAUUGGUCGUGGGCUGUGGCUUUAGAUGAGCUCAAGGCCGGGGGGUUCGAGGGUGCUUAUAAAGAGGUGCUGAAGGCUGCAGAUGCGGGUGCUAUGGUGCGGCUGAUGGGCCGAACCGGGCCUGUGCUGGGGCAUCUGUCGCCUGAUACCGGGGCGGAGGUUAUACGGCGCAUGGUGGAGCUGCUUAUAAGGGGGACGUCGGUGGAAUACCUGCUGCCAUGGGUUCGGCAGCUGCUGGACAUAAUGACGGACGAGUCAUCUCUCCCGUACGGAGCAGAGGGUCCGGCAGUGGACGGGCAUCUGAAACAGCACGUGCUGGCAGCGUUGCAGCAGGUGGUGGGCGCCGAUGGGGGCAGCUGGGUGGGACGAUCAGCAGGCGAUUACCGGCGACAGCUGGCUGAUGCAUGGGGCAUGUGA